UGAUCAGGAACGGGAGCUGAGUUAAAAAGUGACCGAUGACGGAUACCGAGCGACCAUCGGUGUCAAACCAACCCCGAUAGCUCGAAGGAAUUCGGCUGUUCACUCGGUUGGAUCGUGAAGUGUGUUCGAACGUGAAAAUUCUGUGCCGAGAGGGAGUAAAGUGAAGCUUCCAGAUCUUAUCGUUAGAAAAUUACACCAUAGAUCCCGGUGAUGUAAUUGGAGUCUGAGACUAUUCAGUUGCUCCCUUUGUUUGCCCGGGGCAAGCAUCCACUACGGCGCGUGCUUAAAGCCCCCACCGUCUGCUCUCUACCCCUUUUUCGCUCGCCGAGCGUUCUGUGUCACUUCGUGGCGUGGUGAAAUACCGAACGGAAGCGUUUCGAUGCGAGUUCUGGAAACCGAACGCCAUGCAGAGCGCGAAUCGGUGGCUAUACGGACGAUGCCAUUCAGGUCGGUAGCAAAUGUUGGGUGUUGAGAGUUUGGAUGAAGUUACGUGAUUCAAGACUGACCAACUUGUAACAGUCGCUUCGGAUCAUAAUUUGGAGAAACAUUAAACUCUUUUACACGAUCAGUGCCUUAUAUUUUGAAGAACGAGUGACCUUAGUCGAGCGACGAAAGUUGCUCGCGAGUGCCUUAUACAAUCGAAAUAGAUGAAUCGAUUCGUAACAAGUGUUAAAACGUGAACGAUGGUUGUUUAUAUCGUUAUAGUUCGUUAAGGUCGUUUAGACUUCGCUGUUCGAAGUCGUUCAAGUGCUUUCCUUGUACAUAGAAGCAUUCAACUGGUGCUACACGAUUCCUUAUAAAAUAUUGUGAUAAUACGAUUCGGAGAUAUCGAUUCUAAUUGAAAUAACACGUUGAAACGUUUCGCAAACGAACGAAGAGGAACCGAAUGUUGACGCUUGAAUUUUUAUUGAUUUAAUACUGUUAAGAAGUAACUGUUUGAAGAUAUUCCGAAGAAUAAUUUCCAAGGAGUCGACGACCGUCGCGGAGAAGAAUAGACGGUGACCUCACGCUUUACUUAAGCCGUUGUGACCGACAACGAGACAAUUGGAUCUUGGUUCGGGUCAUCAGCUUCAUUAUUUGGUAGAGAAAAAGGCCCAUGGUCUAUCGAAAGUUUCUGAGAUCGUAACAAUCAAAAAGUUCUUGUUAUAUGAAUUAAAAAUUUCUUUAAGCACGAGCUGUUGUACCUGUUAAAUUGUAAGAAUCCCUAAUGUAUUUAAUAACUUUAUUAUAAAAGUGACCCUUCAAUGUUAAAAUCAAGGUACAAACUUCGUUACAAAUCUGUACAUAAUCGUUCUAUUAAAUAAGUCCAAAAUCCAAGUGAUAUUACAGAAGAUACCACAGACAAUUUGGUGAUCUUCAUAAAUCUUCGCAAGAUAUUCCGACCCAGAUCUAAACAUCAAAACCAAUACUCGUCUGAUCAUCUAUGUCGAUAAUCAUCCUUGUCUUCGAGGGGAGACCGCGUUUUAUUUAUAAGUCCAUCAAUUAGAUUUGUCCUCGAAACGCAUUAGAGUCGAUAAACAACGAGUCGUCUUUGCUAUUCUCACGACACAAAUUAUCUUUAUGUUCGCCACGAUAGAUCGUCCGUUUCAUAUCGUGCGUUAAACAUUUCACCUCUACAACAAACGUCUCAGCCGUUUCGUUGAAUGACACAUUCUAGCCCAAAACGAUCAAGAUGACGACCAUGGGUGUCACCGUCUUCUGCAACAGGGUGCAGAUCAACGGCAACGAUCAGGAGCAGCUGAUGCUGCUGCGGACGUUGCAGGACAACGAGAGCAACAUAAUCGGCAAUCAGCCUCAUCUGAUAGUCGCAAAGAACAACAACAACAACGGUAAUACGAACCCGUCGAUCGUUUUACCGCCCUACGAUCCAUCCAGACUGAAGAAACACGGGAAGAACGGUCAGCCGCCGCCAGUCGCCGUUGCCCGAAGGAAUGCCCGCGAGCGUAAUCGCGUCAAGCAGGUGAACAAUGGGUUCGCGACUUUGAGACAACACAUCCCGAGCCACAUCGCAGCUGGCUACGGUGACAGAGGCAAGAAACUGUCGAAAGUGGAAACCCUGCGAAUGGCUGUGGAGUACAUCAGAGGUCUUCAGAGGCUGCUGGCCGAAGCUGACGGGAUCGAAUACGACGCCAACGCCGGUGCCGGGCAAUGUAUGCCCUCACCUACCAGCAGUGUCGUUUCGUCGAGUCACAACGGAUCCGGGGAGCGACUUAUCCUCGAGGACGACGUUCUCGGCGCUGAAGAGGAGGACGGCGAACAACUGGAGGAGGACGAUGAUAAUGGGAAGCAGAAAACUACGUCUAGAUUGUCGCCGAAUCGAACUACCGUCGCAUCGCCACACGAUUAUUACGCGUCCUCGGUGGGCGACGAAGAGAAUCUCGAACCGAGAACCGUAUCGAACCCGCAGAAUUUUUCACGACUGUCCCCGAACUCGGUGGCAUCACCACCGUCGGAGUAUUACGGGCAAAACGAGGAGAACCUGGAACCUCAGAUCCUCUCGCCAUAUAGUGGCGCCGGGGACAGUGAAGAGGGUGCAGCCACUGUUUAUGCGGCGAGCCCGGAAACCUUUUCUGGGGCUCUAUAUUAUAAGCAGGAGAUCACUGAAUCCGGUGAAUUCAUGGACGUCGUCAGCUGGUGGGAACAAGAGCAGGGCAGGCUGGUUCAUCAGCAACACACCCAACGACUUACGCACGUGUAA